UACCGAGAAAUCAGUAUAGUUGGCAGCGCUGUCUACACACCAUAGCGUGCAACACCACAAAGACCAAAAUUUGCUGAUUCAAAGUUUUCGCUGCAUCGAAUAGUUGUUUGAUGUCGAAACAAUACUCUAUUCCAAAAUGAAUACUUCAAUAAAGAUCGGAAUAAUUGGCGGCUCCGGCUUGGAUGACAGUCAAAUAAUCGAAGCUCGUUCUGAGAAAGUUGUAACCACCUAUUUUGGAAAUCCAUCGGAUGUUCUGAUUGAAGGAAAAAUAGCUGGAGUGGACUGCGUUCUUUUAGCUCGUCAUGGCCGGAAUCACUCAAUUAUGCCUUCAAACGUCAACUAUCGUGCGAAUAUUUGGGCAAUGAAAUCCCUAGGAUGUACACAUUUAAUUGUAUCUACGGCAACUGGCUCAUUGCAAGAACACAUCCGCCCAGGUGACAUAGUUAUUCCAGAUAAUUUCAUUGACCGCACAACAAAACGAGCUCAAACAUUCUACGAUGGAAAUGAGCUUCUGGUUGGAGUUUGUCACAUACCGAUGGAGCCGGUAUUCUGUAGUCGCACACGCGAAGUACUAAUUGAAACGGCCAAAGAAUUAGGAAUCGGAGUUCAUGAUAAGGGCACUGUAGUAACCAUUGAAGGACCGCGAUUCUCGAGUAAAGGCGAGAGCAAGCUCUUCCGUCAGUGGGGUGCCGAUCUAGUAAACAUGACAUUAGUGCCCGAAGUAGUUCUAGCUAAAGAAGCUGGACUUUGUUAUGCAGCUAUUGCAAUGGCCACUGAUUAUGACUGCUGGAGAGAUUGCGGCGAUAUAGUAAACGUAGCGGAUGUAAUGUCCACUUUCAAGAAAAAUGUUACAAAAGUUACGGAAUUGAUAACAACAGUAAUUCCAAAAAUUGCUGCAAUCGAUUGGACUGAAACUAUCGAAGAUUUGAAAAAUGUUGUCAACGGUAGUAUAAUGCUACCGCAUUCAGAAUGAGCUGUUCGAGAGAAAAAUUGAAAACUAUUUGUCAAUAAGACGAACUACUAUUAGAAUAACUAUGGUGUCAUAUUAAUUUUGAACCUAGUCAAUCCAUUUAAAUUAUCGAUAAAAUAAUGAGAGGAUCUUUGAUAUUGAAUGAAAUGAAAUAAAAAAAAGUCCAAACCAAAUAA